CACACACACACAUACGAGAGUGUGAUGCCCUCCUUUGAGAAGUCUGCUCUUGGAGAGAAUGCUGCCAGCUGGAACGAGCAGUGGAACGUCCUUCUCUUAGUACUUUCGGACAUAAUGGAGACUGACCUUCUGGGAGACUGCUGACUAGGAGAGGAAUGGAGACUUUAAUUCCAAAUGAGCUUGUUUGCACUUUUCUGGAGAAAAAUUUUGACUUGGAUGACACCCAAUGUAAUACAGUUUAUUUGGUAGCUAUGUGGAGAGGCCAUUGGAGAAGCCACAUAAGAGGGAGAGGCCCUGAGAGACAAGCCUGGUCAUCCCAGCAUCCCAGCCAAGUCCAGGUCCCUGAUGACCAGCUGGAUAAUCCACAUGAGCAGCCAUUGCAUCAGGGCAGAACCAGGAGGAGAAGGAAAGGCGGCACACUGGCAGGUUGGAGAUUUCACCAGAUAGAAACAGAUGAAAAAACGAAGCUGAUUUCUAUUCUGAAAAGCCCCCUGGGCCGGCAUGAUGAUACCAUCCGCUUUCGUCAGCUCUUAUGUCCAGAUCCCUUCUGUGAGGUGUGUAACAAUGCAACUGCUGAGGUCAAGCUGCUGUUCCCGGAGGCCCUGGAAGAUUCUGCUUCCUCUAUGUCCCCUUUGGCUUCCGCAGCUCCUGUGGCCGAUUCAUCAUUGACUCUGUCCCCUGCCUUCUCAGCAGUCUCUCCAGGAGAUCUACUACCAGCCUCUCUGCCUGAGCCUUCCCCAUUGCCCCCCUCCAUUCUUCCACCUAGCUCCAUGACCCCCUUAGCUGACUUUUUUUCACCCUUACCACUGGGUCACACUCUGGCAUUAGAGCCUUUUACGUCCUUGGAUUCUGAAUUCCCAGUAGAUUAUUCCUCACCCCAACCCCUUGCCUUUUCCCCUCUCCUACCACAUGGCAUGCAGACAGCAGACCCUGUUCUCUCACCAGAGGCCACUUUGUCUCUGAAUACCAUCCUUUCCCUUGACCCCACCCUUUCCCAUGAUAUCAACCGCUUAUCAGAUUUGUCCCAAGCAAUGAAUCCCACUGAUUCUUUUGCACCACCAACCCUGUCUGUUUUACCACAGCCAGACUGCACUUUAACUGUCACUCAGUCUAAAUCAAUUGCCAUCUUACUGACACCUGUUCCUGAGAAUUUGCCUACAGAAAGCCCUGGCAUGCUGUCCACUUAUGUCCCAAAACUCACAGGCAUUGAUCAUUCAAGACUGUCAAUUUCGGACUUCUCCUGGUGGCAAGCUCAUGCCAAAGACUUAAUCCCUUCCACGUUGGCACAAUGUGAUUUCAAUCAAGAGUUUCUUGCCCUCCACUCUUCAGAGGCCUCUUUUGGGGGAGACCCUGCAGCCAACCUCAUAGAGCCUGGUAAUUUCUUAAGUCUCAGCCCUGAUGUCCUGGCACUCCUGGAGAGACAAGUACAAAAGAGGAGUGAUUUCCUGAUGUGGAAAGAAAAGGAAAAGAGAAAAGAUUCUUUUCCAGAACAAUUGAGGCCAGACUAUCAACUAAAUUCCUCAGGGAUAAUGUUAGAGUCAGUUGCUGAUAAGCCUGUGCAUCAACAACCUCCAUAUCCUAAGACCUUGAAGGACCAAUUACAGCAAAAACCUACCCAGCUCUUCUGGGGUCUCCCAUCUCUACACAGCGAGUCUUUGCCCUCUGCUGUUCAUGUCUCCAGUGACAGUUCCUCAAACUUUAUUUUCAAUAGAAACUCAAAUGCCUCUACAGGCCAAGAAUCCCCAGGACUUCCCCAUCCCCGACCUCUGUCCUUGCCUGAGAUUCAGCCUGAACCCUUGCCUCAAACCCUGCCUCAAUCUCAGCCCCUACCUCUCACUCAGGUUCAGUCCCAAGCUGAUCCAAAAUCCCCACUCCUGGUCACACCACCUGGCCCUCUACCCCAGAUUAGGAUCUGUGGAGUGUAUUUCCAUAGACCUCAGAAUGAAUCAGAAUCUCUCGCCAGAAGUGAAAUUCAACAGCUGGAAUGGAACGUGUUGCAGAAACAACAGGAAAGUUUGUGGGGUUUACCCUCUGUGAUCCAAAGAUCUCGGGAAGACUUUUGUCCUUUAGCUCCUAACACUUCUCACCACCAGCACCCUCAGGCCCAUGUUUCAGUCUCCGUCCUUCCUGGGGAGUUUGCUCUCAGCAAUGAACUUCGGAAGAAACUAGAGCAUCACCUUCGAAAGAGGCUCAUUCAACACCGGUGGGGCCUGCCCCGGAGAAUCAGAGAGUCUGUGUCACUGAUGUUGCCUCCAACUGGUUUUUCAGAGGCAUCUAAGUCAGAGAGCAGCGAUGGAAUCUCACUGAUCUCUGUGUUUAAGGGUCAGAGUAGCAAACAAGUAAAUGUUGAAUUGAGUCAACCUGGAAGCUUCCAAGAGAGAAGCUCGGACAUGCUCCAGCUAGGGAAAGAUGUGGGGAAAGAUCAGGAACAUAGCCAAGAGAAUGGUCAGAAAGAUCACCUGUUAAAAGACCCAAACAGCUCUUCUGAUAAGGAUCUGGGGUAUGGCUCUGAGAAAAACAUGAGCAGUCAGAUAGUGAGUUUCUCAGAGAAAAAUUUAAGGGUGUCAGCAGAGAGUCUACAACUUGAAAAUGUCCUAAAAGUACAUUUGAGUAAGAAGUUUGAGGAAAUAAAUGAGGGUCGACUCCCUGGGACUGUGCAUAGUUCAUGGCAUGCCGUCAAGCAAACAUUGAUUCUUUCUGUGAAAUCCCACACUGAAAUAAAAGAGAGAAGCUUGCCAUCACCAGUGGGUGAGUCCUACUCCCUGAAUACCUUCCAGGACCUGACUUUUGUUGAUCCCAGCGCACAGCAGAUGCUGGAAGCACAUAUUAAAAGGUUUCGUAUGAGGAUGCUGUGGGGCCUUCCUUCCAAGGUCCUUGAAUCCAUACACAUUUUUAAACUGAAAGAUGCCUCAUCCCAGUCCUUGUCCCAUGCCAGCUUUCCCUCCUCAACCAAUGCGAUUUCUGAGGCAGACUCCAAAUCUGGGAGCUCCAAGUCCUUUAGAAGAAGCUCUAAAUCUUUCCAUGGAGACGAAGUUGGAACAACCAAUUCAGCCCCUGUCCUGGGUUACUCUCUCCCUGCCACCUCACCUGUGGAGAAAGGAGGAAAGAGGGUCCUAAGACAAACACACUCUUCUGUCAACUAUGGGCUUGCAGAGGAUGUUCAGAAAAUUAAGGAUCCCAGACAGAUUCGUCGGCCUGUCUCACUCUGCAUCACAGGGAGAGGAAGUCAUAGACAGACACAACUAGCUGAUAGAUAUCCCCGAAAGCCUCUUGCAAAGCAAGUUGGAGCCAGAUAUGAGCCAAAGUAUAAGAGUGUGAGUUCCAGUGAUAAAGGAAAAAUGCAACAGGGCAAAAAGGUGGAGAAGUCAGAACCUGUUUCUAUGACCAAAUUGUCUAGGGAGAUAUUCAGGGCUGAGGAGCUUGACACUCUUCAAUUAAAAACUAAUGACAUGUUGACAACCAACAAGUCAGGGAGCUCCCAAAUAACAAAUGUGAAUGAGAAUAAAGUAGAAACUACUGUGACCACUGAAAGCCUCCGACCCAAACUACCAGUUCCCCAAGAUCCUAAAUGCUUAUCCCUUAAAGAACAACUGUUUGAUGAGUUAAAGUUUAGAUUGGAGAAGAGGGAGCAUAGCCAAGCUCAAGGCCAACCCACGGACAUGUCCCUUGCUUCGGAUAACUUGACUCACAAGGCCUCACUGACUCCUGCCCCGGGUGUCCCAGGUGGGGACACAGGAGAGUCCCAGGUGCUGCAUGUUCAUGUGGAGGACAGAGGAAUCAGGAUGGAACAACAGCAGGAACCUUGGGUCCCUAAGCAUGGCUUCCAGAGGGGCCAGGAUAAGAAUUUCCCACCAACUGUGAAGACAGUGAGCUCCCCAGGGUGCAGAGCAGAAGAGCUAGGUGGAGGGGAUGCAGGGCUGGGGACAUCCCAGCCUAGGAAGAAGAGUUUCCCUCCUCAGGAGACAGUUCUAGAGGAGAUGCUUGUGAGCAAGUCUUCCCAGACCCUUUCAAAGAAAGGACAGCCUCUUCCUGAAGGCCAUAUCAGAAAAAGAAUGAAGCACUUUUUGCAGUGGCUGUAUCCUGGGGAAAAAUGCAAAAGGCAAGAAGAUCCCCAGGAAAAGGGAAGCCCUAUACCAAGCGCACAGAGCAGAGGCUUAGCUAAAAGCAGAGCUGCUGUUACUGGAUCAACAGAGGCUCAGAAAAUCGUGACAGACAUCGGGAAGUUCCUAGAGGAGAAACUGGGCUAUCGGCAUGCAUUAGAUGCCACCAGCUCUCAAGAGGACCCCCCUUCCCCGGUGCACUUUGAGCAAUCUCAACAAAAGGCUGGAGUACAGGUCCACCCAGAGCCUGUCCGGGGACAUCCUUUCAACUCCAAGGCUCCCUCUAAAGUGACAAAUACCAAGUCCUGCCACCAAGAAGCGAUCUUGGCUGGCCAGAGCUAUCCUCCAAGUACAAGACAGAUCAGAAGCAAGAAAAGACAGCCCCAGAAAGCUGUGGCAUUUAAGGACCAGCAAGUGUGUCAGAAACAUCCCCUACCAGGGCCCCACAGGGAGCCUGGGCCCUACCCAAGCCCCACCCACAGGUGUCAAGCUGGCCAGGCCCAUCCAGCUGCGCCCGCCACUGCUGAAGGCACUGUGUUCAGAGAUCUGUCUCUACUGUUUAGACAGAAAACACUUCUCCAGAAUUUCCAAGGAGGAAAACUUCCCAUCCGAAAAUAA